UACUGAAAGAUUCAAUACUGAAAAUGUCAUUAGACAUAUUGAAAAAUUGAUGGAUAAGGCUAAUAAAGAACAUAUUAAUAUUAAAUUUCUUUCAGCAAAAUUUAAUGAUAAUCGUUCAAAUAUAACAAGAAAUAAUAGUAUUUCUAGUAUACCAGCAAAUAGAAAAACAGUUGAUCAAAAUAAUAAUAGAAAACUUCCUGAUAAUAUUGCAGAUAUAAUCAAUGAUUGA